AUGUCGGCCGCACCCAACUCGACCUCGGAGCCCGUCUCGAAGAACAUCGUCUGGCACGAGGGCGUCACGCAGACGCAGCGCGAGGAGCUCGUCGGCCAGAAGGGCGUCACCAUCUGGUUCACCGGCCUCUCGGCCUCAGGCAAGUCGACCCUGGCGUGCGCGCUCGAGCUCGAGCUCCUCCAGAAGGGCAAGCGCGCCUUCCGCCUCGACGGCGACAACGUCCGCUUCGGCCUCAACAAGGACCUCGGCUUCUCGCCCAAGGACCGCGAGGAGAACAUCCGUCGUGUCGGCGAGGUCGCCAAGCUCGUCGCCUCGUCGUGCACGACGACCCUGACGGCUUUCAUCUCGCCGUACCUGGCCGACCGCGCCCUUGCGCGCAAGAUCCACGACGAGAGCAAGAUCCCGUUCCUCGAGGUGUUUGUCGACGCGCCGCUCGCCGAGGUCGAGAAGCGCGACCCCAAGGGCCUGUACGCCAAGGCCCGUGCCGGUGUCAUCAAGGAGUUCACCGGUGUCUCUGCGCCGUACGAGGCGCCCGAGUCGCCCGAGCUGCACAUCAAGACGGCCGAGGUCGACAUCGAGACGGGCGUCCAGAUCAUCGUCGACUACCUCGAGAAGCACAAGUUCAUCUGA